CCAGCGGUGAUCCCACGCCAGCUUCCCACCACGAGGCCUCAGAAACCCCCUGGAAACAGUGGUCCCCCGGGCAGCGACGGCCGGUGCAGCAUCACGUUGUAACAGUCAGUGUGGAGCAAUUGCAGCCAGAGGAAUGGAGCCUGGAUCCCUUUUAGCUCAUAUGCUAUCAACAAAAUUGUCAACUACAAUCUCCGUAACAGGUUAUUUAAGUAGGAAACGCAGCUGGAUUGCAAAUCCCUGGCAGAAUGUGCAGCACUGGCAGACAGAAAAGUGAUAACGUAAUAAUGCUAGAAUGGGGUUUUUAAUCCAAGCAAAUCUGCUUGAGAAGCUAUUGUGAGAGAAUUAGCACAGGAUGGGCACUGUGCUGCCAGAGAGACCUCUCUUUAAUAAUCUGGUGAGGAUUUUUCUUUGCUCCUCUCUCUCCCAAAUCUACAGAGCAUCAGCGUGAUGAGGAAAACAUGAUAGAAUUUGUUACGCAUGCCGCUGAGAGUGACUCUUCCAUGGGAAACUCUCCUCCGUUGCUUUUUCAUUUGUUCCAUUUAUAACAACCUGCCAGGAAGGAUACGCUGCCACAAGGUCACCAGUUGCCUGCCCGGGACAGAGCAGGGCCAUCUGCCCCACGCAGAUGUCCGAGGGCAGCAGCACCUUCUCCCAGUUUAAGCCAAGAGCAAAGGGAGGAGGCAGCACUUGCUGAGCUGAGCUUGGCAUGGCUCUGGAGGGAGGAGGAAGCCAGGGCUGGGAGCAGUUUGCUGGAAGCUGCGUUGCAUCCCAAGACCGUGGGGACAUUUCAGUGGAAACGGAGAGCAGAAUGAAAGGUGCCUCAGAUAUGGUGAGCCGCUGAGGUGCAGCUUUUCUGUUGUCAGAGGAAAGCUUGCUCUUAGGGAUUCAUUAACAAACGUAACCUUGGAUCCCUCUGGGGAAGUUCGUUCCUCAGAGCCCUACAGUUAGGAAUGACAAAUGCUCCUCUGUGAAGGAAACCCUGGUGAAAUGUUUUCAGCAGCUCCACUGGGCUUCUGCUCCUCUAGACUGGACGAACACUGUCUUUGGAAGGGCCCGGGAAACAAAUGAGAGCCACCUGUUUGGAAAAUCCUUGCUGAGCUGAACAGGAAAUAAAAACUAUCUACAGGCAUUGCUAGUCCAGCAGAUGAAAUUUAAUAAAGAGGUAUGCUCUUGUCAAGACACAAUUUAAAAAUUCAGUAGAAAAGUGCUUAAAACGGACAGAUUUUCAUGGAUAGAGCUGUGGGAUUACAUUGCUAAUGUCCAUUACCUUCCACGGGGUUUUCUUAGAGGGGCAAAACCGAGGAGUGACUACGUGUCUUCCCAUCCUGUUUGGUUAAAAUGCCAAUGGGAGAGGGAAAGACUCUGUUACUCAUUAGACUAAUCCACACAGUGCCAGUACUCCUGCAGCAAUGGCUCAGCUUGGUGCUCUACAGCCCCUGACAGGGUGACCUCGCUCAUGAACAGCACUGUGUCUCGUAGGAAAAUAAUAAAUGAUCACACCUUUUUUUUUUUUUCUGUCUGCAGACAUGACAAAGCUUUCAGGAUGCCAAAAAGUUAUUCUCAAAUGAUCGCGGAGUGGCCCAUAGCCGUCCUGGUGCUGUGUUCAGUGACAGCUGUGGUUUGCACUUUAGCUGGCCUGCUUGUUGGAAAUUUGCCCGACUUUUCAGAACCCUUAAUGGGUUUCGAGCCACGAGAUACUGACAUUGGCAGAAAGCUCGUUGUGUGGAGGAAUGUAGAGAGCCACACAGGCUACAAGAAGACCUUUUCCCUUUCUCCCUAUGCUGAGAAGAAAAGCUAUGAUGACAUUGGCAUUAGCAGAGGACAGAAGGCUGCCCAGGGAGAACAAGAAGCGAGGACACGGAGAAUGGUGGAACAAAUCUACGGAGCGGAUGGUUUCUUUUGUGGUCCCCCAGAAAAGAGCUAUUCCCAGCUGGUAUUUAUGUCCACGACUGCUGGGAGUUUAUGGAACUUGCAAGCUAUUCAGUCCAUGUGUCAAAUUGAACAAGACAAGAUACGCUCACAUGUCCACUUUAGAGACCUCUGCCAACGUACUGAAGCCAACGAAUGCUGCCCAAGCUGGUCUCUGGGGAACUACAUUGCUGUCCUGUACAACAGGUCAUCUUGUUUGGACAUAACCCAAGGAGACAUCUCCCAUACCCUGGCCCUCCUUCGUGCCUGUGCUCCAGACUACCACAAAGGCAUCCUCACUCCGUCUUGCAUAGGCCCUGAGUCUGCGAGACAGAAACACUCUCAGUGUGCCAAAGUCCCAGAGAAAUGUACCCGCUUCAAUGCCAUUUACCAGCUUCUUCACUUCUUGGUCGACAGAGACUUUCUUAGUCCCCAGACGAUGGAGUACCAAGUGCCAUCUCUCAAAUACAGCCUGCUCUUUUUGCCUACAAGGAAAGGUGCAUCUAUGAUGGGGAUCUACUUAGACAAUCUUGAAUCCUGGGAUCUGUUUGAUAACUAUACAUCUAUCACUGGAAUGGACCUGGGCCUUAAACAGAAACUAUUCCAGCACUAUCUUUUACUGGAUACUAAGUAUCCAGUCCUGGCAAUAUUAGCUAUUUUUCUAAGCAUUUCUUUUUAUUUACGCUCAGUCUUUAUUACCUUGAUGGUCCUGCUCGCUGUUGUCAGCUCUUUAAUGAUCUCCUACUUCUUGUACAAGGUGGCCUUCAGAUUCACCUAUUUCCCUUUUGUAAACCUGACAGCAGUCGUCAUUCUCAGCAGCAUUUGUGCCAACCACACCUUUGUCUUCUUCGACCUCUGGAACCUCAGCAAGAGCCAGAACCCUUCCGCUGGGCUUUCCCAGUGGGUGAGUCAAACCAUGCACCAUUUUGCGUAUCUCAUGCUGGCAUCGUGCUUCACAAUGGGUGCUGCCUUCUAUGCCAGCUACAUUAGCAAUAUAAUAGCCAUCCGCUGCUUUGCUAUUUACAUGGGCACCUCCGUGCUGGUGAAUCUGGUAUUCAUGAUGACUUGGCUCCCUUCUUCGGCUGUGCUGUACGAGCGCUACAUAGCAACGACCUGCGUUUACAAGCCAGAAGAUUACUGGAACAACACCGGCCACAAGAGAGUCGCUCUCUCCCUCCAUUAUGUUCUCAGGGGUCUCCAGAACACGCUGUCUGAAACCUCCAAGCUGCUAUUUGAAAAGCUUCUGCCUUGUGGGGUCAUCAAGUUUCGGUACAUCUGGAUCUGCUGGUUUGCUGCCUUAGCGAUAGGAGGUGCUUACAUUUCCUGUUCCAACCCAAAACUCAAGCUCCCGACUCUCGAGACAUCAUCUGUCCAGGUGUUUAGACUGAGCCACCCCUUUGAGAGGUACGAUUCUGAGUACUGCCACCAGUUCAUGUUUGAGAGGCUGGAGCAUGGAGAAGGGCAGCGUAUGCCUGUCACGAUAGUCUGGGGCAUUCUGCCCGUGGAUAACGGGGACCAUUUCAAUCCAAAAAGCAAUGGCACCCUGGUGUCAGACAUCACCUUCACAAUCCAAAACCCUGAUGCCCAGAAGUGGCUCCUCGAAUUCUGCCAAAAAGUGAAGAACAAAACUUUCUAUUACCCCGAUGCAGAGCAGAAAUCUACUGUGUGCUUCAUGGAGGAGUUCCUCAGGUGGAUGGACAGUCGCCAGUGCUCCCAGAGAGACCACAGCUUCAACCUUUGCUGUAACCAGUUCUCCUUCCCUUAUGGAAGCGAAGUCUUCCUACACUGCAUCAAAAUGAUGCUCCUGGAACAAGGCCGGGAAGGGGCAGAAACGUACGAUCUGGGCCUCAGGUUUGACGGGGAGGGAAAUCUCGCUGCCUUAGUGCUGCAGUUUCAAACUAUUUAUCACUAUAGCUUCAACUACAGCAAAGCCAAACAAUUCUAUGAGGAAAUCAACCUCUGGGUAACAGAGGAAAUGAAAACUGCCCCCGUGGGGCUUCAGAAUGGAUGGUUUACCAGUAAACUAGAGCUAUACAAUCUCCAGCACAGUCUCAGCACAGAAACGAUGGUGGUCAUGGGGCUCUCCAUAGCUAUUUCCUUUGUGGUGCUGCUGCUCACUACCUGGAACGUUCUCCUUAGCGUUUUCUCUGUCACUGCCAUUGCAGGCACUGUCCUGGUAACCGUUGGCCUUUUAGUCCUCUUGGAAUGGCAGCUCAACGCAGUGGAGUCUCUCUUCAUUUCAGCUGCAGUAGGUCUCUCCGUUGACUUUACCGUCAACUACUGCAUCUCCUAUCAUCUGUGCCCCCACUCAGACCGCCUGAGCCGAGUGGCCUUUUCCCUCAAGCAGAUGAGCUGUGCCACAGCCAUGGCAGCUUCUGCUCUCUUCGCUGCAGGGGUCAUUAUGUUGCCUGCGACGGUCCUGGCAUAUAGGAAGUUGGGGAUAUUCAUCAUGAUGAUCAAGUGUAUCAGCUGUGGGUUUGCCAGCUUCUUCUUCCAGUCACUGUGCUGCUUCUUCGGCCCAGAGAAGAACUGCGGGCAGAUCCUUUGGCCUUGUGCCCACACCAUGAAAGACUAUUCCGAUGACUCCGGGCUGAAUGGAAGCUUUGCCUGUGGGGGGAGUGAGAAGCAAAACCGGUUGCGGAAGGUCCAGGAGUCCAACACUGCAAACGAGCAAUAUGAGCUCCAGCCCUUGUCCAGAAAACUCAGCGACAGUUUUGACAACAGCACUUCCACAAGCAAGCUGUCCAACCGGCCGUCAGUGCUCUCUGAAGACACGCAAGUUGAAGAUAACAGAUGCCCCAGGAUAGGAAUGACAGAGAGAGACAGAGAGAGACAGAAUCUGCAGGAGACCCUUGGAGACCAGCAGGCUGACCUGUGCCAGUGUCCUGCCUUGCAAACUUCCUCUCCGUACAAGCACAGCAGCUCAGGAGCAGAAAUUCACAGGGACAGACUCUGCCGAGAUUGUCAAUGUCGAAAAUAUGGCCCGAAAGCUUGGGAUGGGUCUGGGCUGGACCAUAUCCAGCCGGCUGGCAUGCAAGAAGAAGGGCAGCUCAAUAAAUCACAGUGCUCUAGUGACACUGCCCAGCAGCAGUCGGAUUAUACCUCAGACAACAGCCAUCUCCCUGCUGCUGACAUCUACAAAAUUCACAGAUGCCUUUGUUCUCUUGGCAGCUCCUUCGACAUGCUCAACAUCUCCAGUGAGACGUCGAUUAGUGAUUUUGAGCAAGGCCUAAAGCUUGCUGAAUCAGCCAGUUCUUGUCCUGAUGUCUUAGAGCUGUCUGAUUCGUACAGUCAAACAGAGAGAGGUUACUUGAACGGCAAGAGAGAUACCCUGCGGCUGGACCUGAGGGAGACUGUCUUUGAUAUCUCUCCAGCUGCAUCGCAGCAGAACAGCUCUUCAUGGAAAAACCGAUACGGAUUAGGGAGCGAAGGUCCAGUUGUGUUACCGAACAGCCAACCAGACAUGCCCGAUGUUUGGAUCAAACGAUCUAGCGCACAAAGUUCUGGUUACAACAGCUGAAACUCUGCAGAAAACAAACUGUCCCGCUAUGGAAAGGGGAAGUCGAAAUCUCCCUGGAACUGUAAAUAUCCGUCUUUUCCUCCCACCUCUCCUAGAGCUGAGACUACUUCUUAGUAUGUCAGCUGUGCAAAUACCUGUGUUUUCACAGAACCAGCAAAUCUGAUACUAGUGAGAGGAUGUGAGAUCAAUCUUGAUGGAGUACAAACCCUUUGACUUUCCAGUGUCUGGUGCCACAUUCACAGCUGUACUGCAAAACUUAUUGAGUAAACCUGUUUUCUCAUUUCCUACAACGUGAUUAGAUUUUGUUUUCUUGUCAUGGUCACAUAGGAGGGAAAUAAUGGGGAUAUUUAACAGAUAUUUAACAACAGAGAAAGAGAGCUCAUGUAAAAAAUAAAAAUAAAAAAUCUCAAACCCACAACUAUUGAAAGUCUAGAUAUCAAGUGAAGAGUGUAUUGUUAAUAAUAAAAGAAAGUAAUUUUCUACUCAAUCAGAAACUGCUUUAUGUGAAGUCCAGGUUCAUGGAUCUCAUAAAAAUAGUUCAAAUACAAAAAAAUCUUACCGAGACUUCUGAGUUGAUACAGUCUCAUACUGAUCACGGAGGAGGCUGCAGAAUCCAGCCCAAAUCUAUUUUCAGUAACAAUUUCAGUUGGUUUUAUCAGAAGAAAUUCUAGUACUGCCAAAGAUUUUCAGUGCGAGAUUUCUCCUCUGAGAAAAGUGUCCCCGUCCCCUCAGUGACUCGAGUGCUUUUGUGUGUCGUCUUCAUAGCUUGUUUCCACUCAAGGCAUUCCCCACAAACAUGUAACUUUUUAAAAUUUGCAUAUCUGGUGCAUCUUGAAUUUUACAUUUUUUCUCUACCAGAAACAAACAGGAAAACAAGCACUUCCUUGCCUUUAUCUGUUUAAAAAGAGAAAACGUUCUCUAUACAAGUUGACAUAAAAUAAACGCUUAUG